AACAUUUUGACAGCGUGCCUCAACCAGCCCAAAUUAUGAUUCAAGCUACCCUGGUGCUUGCCUUGCAAAAUGCCGGCUGCAGCCACCAUGCCGAAACCCUUGGCCUAGGGCUCUACCAGGAACUGGGGCAGAAAGAUGCAAGUGACCUCCUGUUGACAAUGAUAAAGAUCCUGGACACAGCUAAACCUACAGGUGAAAAUACAAGCUUUGCUGCCCUACAGUUCAAUUUGGACCAGUUAGCCCAGAAACAAACUUUCCACUGCCGAGGCCUGAUGCAGGUCGAUGGAGCUCUCCUCCAUGGCCAGGUGUACCGUGAAUAUAAGUGGUUUCCAACAGCUGCUGACGCCUGUCACCGUUUAGGGAAUGUUUGUGGAGGAGUUAUCACCAACGGCAGCAGUUCCUUCCAAGUGGUGCUUAGAAAUGGCAGCUACUUCUGGCCACAGCAUGGUUCUCAUUCCUGGCUUCAUGAAUGUUACACUCAGGCACGCAUGCGACGUUCAUCACUAGAACACUGUGUAAAUGUAACAGAUCAAAGGGCACACAAGAUUGUGGGGUUCAUACCUGGAGUCAGCACUCUAUAUAACUUUGCAACCAGCAUAUACUACUAUACUCAAGACUGCAUUGACUUGGCCAAGAAGCGUGCUCAAGAGGGGGCCAUUGACCUGGGUUUUGAUGCCUUGGUUGCUCUCACUGGUGGGGCUGCGACUCCCUUAAGGAUGGGGGUUGCUAUAGCAGUGAAACCAGUGUUCAUAAAAGGGGCAGAGGCUCUAAUUGACAAUUUUCAAAAGGAAGAGCAACCACCGUAUCCAGUCCCCACCAAUGUCAGUGAUUCAAACAUCAAAACCUAAUCCAAGCAUUCUCAAACUUUGCUACAAUCACCUACCGGUAAAUAUAAUAAAUGAGUAGGUACAACCCAUCCAAUAAAAUUUCUGAUUUGAUUCUGUUGGAGUUAAGUCUGAGCAAGAAAUAAAAGUAUCUCUGAAAUAAUUAAAUUUUAAUCUAUAUAAUUACCAUGAUUCUUGAACUUGAUAGGUUCAGGCAAUUAACCAAGGACCAGAGCAGGGACCAAAGAUUGAUUUUGACAGCCCUAAAACUUUACUUAUCCAAGUCUGAACAGCUUUUUUUAAAGAAAAACCUGAUACUUUACAUUAUUUCCCCAGCCUGCAGUCUUUCCCCAGCCUGAAGGAUACUGUUUACAAUCUAUUAGCUUCCCCAGUCUUUGUCCAAAACUGUUUGAACCCAUCUGUGAAUUGUUGUCAGAAUUCUGUUGUCCCGUAUUAAUUCUAAUUAUGGCUGGAAAAGGACAACACCAUUACUCCUAUUUUCACUAUUUCAAAGAAAUGUGAUCAAGAGCCACUCAUGCCAGAACACUGGUGAAUGGGAAUAUUUUCUCCAGAAGUUAUUUCCUUUAAUAUUUAAUAAUAUCCACAAACGUGUGGGAGGGGGAUUGCAAGGUUUCCAAAAAAAAAAACCCAACAACAACCAGCUAUAAGGCUCGAUUGUGAAAUGCUGGCUGUUGAGGGAACAAAUAAUUGGGGGAGGUAGAAUGGAUUAGACAAACUGGAUUUCUGUUCUACAAUACUUUAUUCAGAAUAUUUUAUUAUAGGUCUCCCAUCUUUGAAGAAAAUGGGGGAGGGGGAAGGAGAAUGUGUAUACACCGCAGGUUUACUCUAAUAUUCCCAGAGUCCUCACAGUUAUAUGUGAAGAUAGAUAAUUAAUCAAGAAACUCAUCAGGAAUCCUCUCAAAAGGAAUAGUGCCUUGCUUUUCUUGCUAUUGUAAGUUAGCACCGACCCACCCCUCUCCUAGGAAAAUGAGAUAUUUUAUG